AUGCAUAGCAUCACCACUUUCAUCUGCCCUUUGGCCAUUAUAUCCCUAUCUACUGCGCUGCCAGCACCAAUCAUAAACCCAUGCCCUGCGCCCAAGAGCGUUAGCCCCAGCCUUCCAAUUGAUAGUCCUGGUGCCAUUGUCCCAGCAAUCACUACCAUCGCUUCUCGGGACAGCGACAACAGCCCCGACAGCCGAGACGGUGAUGUCAACGAGGAAAAUGAUCAAGACGACGAGGAUGAGGAUGAGGACGAGGACGAGGACGAGGAUGAGGACGAGGAUGAAGACGAAGACGAAGAUGGACCAAACAAGGGAGCUAUCGUAGGGGGCACACUAGGUGGAGUAGCAGCCUUGGCUACUAUCGUUGGUGCCUGGCAAUGGCAUAAUAUCCGGAUCAAGAUCAAGAAAACCAAGACGCAGUCAAAGUUGCCCAAGCUGCAAGGACAAGGACAAGGACAUCAACAAAACUCUUAG